GCGACGCACGUGUGCCAGGGGACCUGUUGGAGCGACGCUAUGGGCUCGUGCUGCUCCCGCGAUGCCGCCGUCCUGUCGGCGGCUUCGUCGUCGUCGUCGUGCCGGGGAACGGAGAAGCUCGUGCUGCCGGACGGCGACCUGCAAGAGUUCGCGUGGCCGGUAAAGGCGUCGCACGUUCUCCGGAGGGAGCCGGCCUGCUUCAUCUGCAACUCGGACGCCAAGGAGUACGACGGCUCCGUCUCAGCGAUAGGCGCCGAGGAGGAGCUGCAGCCGGGGCAGCUGUACUUCGUGCUCCCGCUCAGCUCUCUGCGUCGGCCGCUCAGCCCCGCGGAUAUGGCCGCGCUCGCCGCCAGGGCCAGCUGGGCGCUCAGCAGGAAGGGCUACGACGUGUUCGUGGCCGACGAGGAGGAGGAGCAGGGUGGGCUUUCGGCGACCAAGGGACGCGCUGGUGGGUGUGGUCGGAGGUCUGGGGCGAGGCUCGACACAACCCAAGAAGGAUGGGAUUGACUGACAUUGAGAGAGAGGGGCGCUUGUACAGACGGAUUCGCGUUUAGCUCGUUGAAUGUUCUGUACAUUUUCUUCUUUUUAGUUCCAUU